GAGUCCAGCGUCAAGCACAUCCAUGCAUUCGAGAGCGUCUACCACUUUGAGAUAGGACUUUUGAUCGUUGCAGGAAAAAGAGAACAGUAUGAGAUUUCUAUUCACCAUUGCCUUUCUGUCCAGUGUGACGACGACACGGGGAUUCACCGUUGGGACGACUCGUGCCAGCGUCGUGAAAGCCCCGGGUCUAGCCAUGCUCCCCAGUAACAAGAACGCAAACCAUGCGCGCCAUAAGAGUCUUCGUCCACCAAAGACGUCGUCCUUUUAUCCCUUUGACGAAUCUUCCACAACUAGUACGAAACGUCCGACAACCUCCGGAGUGUCGUUACAAGCCAAGCCUGGCCCGAACGCCGAAGCGGAAGAUGGCAGUGCCGGUGUCCGUCAGUUGCUCGGACUCAAGGGAGCUUCCGCCGAAUCGAACAUUUGGAAAAUUCGCUUGCAGCUCACCAAGCCCGUGACGUGGAUUCCCCUUGUCUGGGGGGUCAUGUGCGGAGCUGCCGCCUCGGGUAAUUAUCACUGGAUAUGGAACCCCUUGGAUCCGAACGAUCGGAAUGUUAUGCUGGGAUUGGAAGACGCACUCAAGGGCUUUGUUGCCAUGAUUUUGGCCGGUCCCUUCUUGACGGGAUACACACAAACAAUUAAUGAUUGGUACGAUCGCGAAAUUGACGCCAUCAACGAACCGUAUCGACCUAUCCCUUCGGGAGCCAUUUCGGAAGGCGAAGUCAUUGCGCAGAUCUGGAUCUUGCUGUUGGGGGGACUCGGGAUUGCCUACGGUUUGGAUGUCUGGGCUGGUCACGAAACGCCGACGGUUCUCCUCUUGAGUAUCUUUGGUUCCUUCAUUUCCUAUAUUUAUUCGGCACCGCCGCUCAAACUCAAGCAGAACGGUUGGGCAGGGAACUACGCACUCGGUGCCUCCUACAUUUCACUACCCUGGUGGUGUGGACAAGCCGUCUUUGGUACACUGGACAAGCCCGUCUAUUUCAUACUCCCAAUCUUGUACUCAAUUGCAGGACUCGGAAUUGCCAUUGUCAACGACUUCAAAUCAAUCGAAGGCGACCGCGCCCUUGGUCUACAAAGUUUGCCGGUCGCCUUUGGCAUUGACAAGGCCAAAUGGAUUUGUGCCGGUUCCGUAACGCUGACACAACUCGGAGUGGCCGCGUACCUGCAAACUUUGGGCGAGUCGUUGUACGCGGGUAUUUUAAUCGCUCUUAUUCUGCCGCAAAUGUAUUUUCAAGCGACGCUCUUGCUGCCUGAUCCCGUGGAAAAUGAUGUCAAAUACCAGGCUUCCGCCCAGCCCUUCUUGGUCUUUGGUAUUCUAGCCACGGCUCUCUGCAUCGGCCAUCACGAUUUCUCCGUGUAA